GUCGAGACUGGUCGAGGAAAGCUGGGAGGUAGCGAAAAGAAGCUAUGGUGGCGGCAGCGACAGCGGAGAAUGGGACCAAGAUAGCCGUAAAACGCUGAGGCGGCAAGCGACUAGGAUGCCACGAGGCCCCCGCUUCUCCUUUGCAUAAACUGUUCCACCGCAGCCCAUCACGACAGUCCAGAGUGCACUUGAGGAAUGUCAGCGCCAGCAACCCUCUUUCCUAUCAGAGAACAUGGCUCUUCGGUCGUACACUCAGGAACUCGGGCGAGACCUCCCAGGAUCCAUCGUCUUCCACCCCUGUCCUAGAAAUUACCGCCCAACCCCCUUCACCGUCGAGCAUAUCCUCAUUUGGGUCCGUCAUCCCACGUCAAGAUCGUUUACAUGUUUCCUCGCCCGAGGCGUCGGCGUCUUCCCUCGACAACAGCUCUCCGCGUUCCAAGGAUGCCACUCGGGACGUCCUCGACAUAUCCGAUGUGGCCUCGUUCUCGGAGUCUGAUGCGGAGAUCCAUGUGGAGCCACCUUCCGACAAUGAAAUCAUUUACGAGCCUCAGAGUGCUCGCUGUAGUGCAUUCUUUGACUCGAUCCUCACAGAUGUCACAGCUCAGGCCGAUGAAUCCACCGAAACUGCGCUUUCGUCGGACAAUGACGCGGAUGACCAGAGCGCUGAGAAUGGAGCGACUCCUCGAGCCACAAUGCUUACCUUUGCAGGCUUUCUGCGACCGGCGUCUCCUGCCUCUUUAGCUUCCUCGGCCUCGGGGGCGGCAAACACUCCCCGUCCGCGCUGUCCUUCCCUUCCUUAUACUGACCCCCGUAUAACUUCCAUGGUAACUCUGCGUCAAACGUUAGCUAGCAAGAAGUCAGCAUCCACGGUUCGCUUGUCUGAGUUCGGAGCACUCGGCUUUGGUAGACAAGCGGCUGAGAACGCUCGUCUGGCAGUGACGCUUCAAGAGGAGUCGAGUGGUUGUGCUGAAGAAUGGGAUGCUCAACGGGAACUGAUGAAUGCGAAAAGCUCACCGGCCCCUAUGCUACGGGCGAAGAAGACGAAAAAGCGACCGCAUGCGUUGAACCUGAGCACGAUCAACACCCAGCUGCUUCAGCCACAGUCGGCUGAACCGUCGCCUGCACGGUCUCCUGGUCGCACUCGAUUUCUUGUUCCGCGGGCCGAAGAGUCACCUCGCUCGUCCCUCCCUUCUCCUUCCCUGGCUUCACCGCUUGUCCAUCAAGGCCCUCCUGAGCCCGUAUACAGCCACUCUUCCCCAGCAGAGAACUUCCACGACACCCUGCAAGUGAAGAUCUCCCCAGGGGAUCCCGAACUCAUGCCUGCCGACUCCGAGCUGGGAUUUUCUGCCUCCGUUUCAUCACCCUCAGAGUACUCCCAACUAUCCGUCAAUGCCUCCCCUUAUUCUACUAUUUCUCAGAAGUCCGUGUACUCCCAGCCAUCGUGGAAUGAGCAAACGCCCCCUGUUCCCUCUUCCCCUGCUGAACCCCAGGCUGAAGAAACGGCGUACCCAUUCCCUGAUGCAUCGACAGCCUCGCCAGUGGCGGCAUGCACCACUGAGCAGCUCAUGGCGUGCACGGAGGAAAACAUUAAUACGGUUGCCCCCCAACUAGGCAUAAGGGGUCUGACAAUCCUUGAAGACGUCCCUUUCGAGCCUUCACGAUCGUCCAGUGAGAAUGCGUACGGAACUGACGCACAUACGACGCGUCAGAAGACGCAUACGCCUACGCCUCCUGAGCCCGUAGCCCGCCGCCCGUCUACAUCUCGUCCAGAGUCGACUGAGAGACUCUCGCCCGACUACGGCUCCAACCUCGCAUCCUGCGGUCAUCGCUCCUCUGCGUCCGCGACCACGAACAACACGAACUGCGCGCUGUGCGAUGGCGGCAGCAGCCGGACCAGCGGUCUUCCCAGCCCGCCUGCCACCCCUAGUUCCCAAUCCUCCAGUUUGCCGGCGCGCACCGAGACUCGGCGGAGGUACGGCUCGAGGCGAUCGAAGUUCAGCACGAUCGAGGAUGACCCUAUCCCAGGCUACGUUUCUACGCCCCAACCGGCGCCGGGCCCAGAGGUACGGCACACCAAGAGCAUUUUGAUGCUGAACACGUCGGUGCAUAAAGAUGCAAAGCGCGUGCAGAUACAGACCCCUACUUCUGAAACGCCUCACAACGCGUUCAUUAACCGCCCGGUCAGCAAGCCGCUUUCGAACAGCCAGCCUCAGAUGUCGUCGAUGGACAAGCCCCCUACCAAGCCUGGGAGAUUGCGCUCUUCUCCGAUACUCAGCGCUUUGUUCACUUCUGCUCCUACCAAGGCUGACCACGAUCCUGUGGAAUUGCCCGAGAAUUCUCCGCAAAAGGGCAGAAUUCGUAGAUCAUUCUCGCUUUCCUCUAGAAAAUCCAAGACAUCUCCCGCGGCGCGGUCGAUGAAAGCGAAGUCAACAACAUUCACCGGACAACAAACGCUGUCGGAGCCUCUCAGAAAAUGGAAACGCAACUCGCUCCCGACUCAGCCUCAGUCAACGCCCUCGGGGCCUCCGCCAUCCUCGUCCAGGCCGAGGCGGUUCUCUCUCUCUUCAGUGCCAGCUGGCUGCUGGCCACGCAAUAUUUCGGCUCAUUAUCCCCCCAUUUCGACGUCCUAUGUCGACCUUUCCUUGCCCGAAGAAAUCCAGGAGCCCCAAAGACCCCAGGAGCCCCAAAGACCCCAGGAUCCCCAAAGAACCCAUGUACCCCAAGAGUCGAAGUAUGAGCCCGAUGUAUUAUUCACCGGGCCUACCAGGCAAGCGUUCAUCCCCGGCCCGGUUUCCACCCCUCCAUCUCCCAAUUCAUCCACCACGGAUUGGACGCUCUCGCUCAACUCUUGCGAUGGGAAUGCAUUGCCCCAAUUUCUGCUCGGGACGCAGAUGGCGAACGCACAGCCCCCUUCUGUUGACUGGACACUCGACAUGCCGCUCCCGCUCAGUCUGCGGAUGUCUGUGCCGAUCAGCAUCUGGACGGCCAAGUUCGUCAUUAACAGCGAGCAAACUACCAGGCUGGACCCUUCCGAGACUUCUACUGAGAGCGAUGCCACAGAGAGCGAUGGCGAGCUCACAGAGGUACCUGAGCGUGAGAUAAGGGCAGGGCUGGGUACGUCGGUGCAGCUCCCGACGCCGUUGCCUACGCCUAUCCCAUCGCCCAAGUUCACCACUGGCUUCGUCCAGUCUGUACGCUCUUCGGAGAAGGAGCAUAAGAGAGUUCGCUCUGGUGGAUACUCCGGAGGUCUGAACAUGGAUGGCGGACGCGGCAAGCGCGGAUCGGGGUGGGACGUCUGCGGGUGGUUUGAGGACUAUACCUCGGAACAUUCGGACUCUGACGAGUCUGUCGUUGAGCCUGUAAAGAAGAGCGGGUGCGAGACGAUCAAGGAGGCUGGGACGGGAGACGAGGGCGACAGCACAGAGGAAGAAGAGCAGGACAGCGAGAGCGAAGAGCAGGAGCGCCGGGACGGCCUCGGCGCGCUUCAGAACAUGCUCAAGCGCGGCGAGGAGAUAUUCUAUCGGCCUCCCUCACGUGCGCAUAGACGCCAGAUCGGCAGCGUGAGCACGUCCGCGUCGGUCGAGACUAGCGCGUUUGUCAGUGCGAGGUCGAGCUUCAGCGCUCCCAUCCGCGCCUGACAUGUCGGCAUUUCAAGGGUUUGGCUUUCAUGACACGAUGGGAUACGUUGGACUCAUCCUUACGACUGACGCUAUGAAUAUCACAUCCGGAACCAUUGGACACAGGUUUAUACCCCCAGUUGAAAUCGGACAUUCAUUUGUCGAUAUCUCACGCUCUUUUGCACCCUACGUACCUACCCAGAUUUCUCUUAAUUCACCGCUUACAUACGCCUGGCGAAGCACAUUACUCUCAGCCCUUGCUUUUCAUGAUUGUUUACUUGUACACACUUAUCUUCUGGUCCGCUCUCGUUGAACUUUGUUCUUGCUCAUGGUUGUCUUUCUUGCUCUUGCUCAUGCGUUCAACGUACGUCGUAAAUACUCGCAUAUAUCUGAAUCGACAGGGUGGUACAGGUUACGGGCUACUUC